AUGCAACACUGCAGCCACGCGACAAAGAUCGGCCUCGAAGUUCAGCCCUCAGUGCUCUCUGCGCCUGUUUGUCUCGCCAUGGAAGUACAGUGGGCAGUCCAAUUGCUCACAGUGGUGCUUACCCUGCUGGUUGUCCUCGUGGUGAGGGACAUCCAGGCGUGGCUCAGUGGCCCCACUGCGCAGCCUUCAAAUGUGCAGACGGCUACGCUUGCACCUGGCUCGACGGAGGACUCUAGCAAGGACUCCAGCCCCUCGCAUCCUCCCCAGGAGGGUGGUGCAGCCAAAGAUGCUCCAACGCCUGAUGCCCUUGCUGGCACCAAAGCUGGAGCUGGAGGUGAUGACCCCUUGCAAGCGGGGGCCAAAUCGGCUGAUGCGGCUGACACCCCGCAGAAGGAGACGGAGAAGCCAAAAGACGCCGCGACGUCUGACAAGGACGGCACCACUGCGCCCCUGGCCAAGGACUCCAAGGACGCAGCGGACACCGCUCAGGACCCUGCCAAGAAAGCAGUGAGCCCGGAAACCAUGAUGCAGGAGCUCACUGCAUGCCACACCACCGUCAAGAACUUUGCUGCCAACAUGUCCAGGCUCCUCAACGGGAUCACGAGUGUUGCUCCCAACUUGACCAAGGUGCAGGCCGAGCUGGAGAGCAGCCGAAAGGCGGCACACUCCCUGGAGACUGCGGUGGAGAAGUCCAUCAGCAGGAUGGACAAAACCAAGGAGCUCCCUGACGAGAUCAAGGAGCUGACCAAACGUGUUGGUGGCCUGGAGAGCAUCGUCGGAGCUGUGACGGCGAAGAUGGGGACUAUGUCUACCAAUGUGGAUACCUUCGGCAAGAGCCACGACUCCCAGCUGAAAGAUGUCCUCAAGGGAGUUGCUGCUGCAGCCAGCUCUGCGAAGCAGUGCAACAGCGAUGUCACAGCACAUGUGACAGCCAAGGCAGGCAACUUGGAGUCAGGCCUUAAAGAAGUCCUUCGCAAAAUCACGGCGACGGACUAUGAUAGCCAUACGAGCAUGACCGCCACGGUGAAGGAUGUCUCCAACCUUGGCCAGGAACUCUUGGCAGCGCUUAACUUCCUGCAAGGAGAGGCGGCGGUCCAGAAGGAUGCCAUCUACCAGUUGGCAACUGUUAUGGCGGACGUUGCUGAACAAGUCAGGGUCAUUCGGGACUACUGCGAAAGGCCGGUCCCUGUGGCUAUGGCAGGUCACCAGGAACGGCCACCAAUGCCACCGCCCGCCUAUGAGCCCAACCUGCAGCAAGGACCGCGUCAGCUCAACCUGAACACGGCCCUGCCGGUGGCGAGAGCAGCACACCCUCAGGUCAGGAUCGAAAUGGGCAAUGGCAGGAGCGUCAAUAUCCCUCUGAGCUGA